ACACUUGUAUUGAUAGCUCUGAACAGUCAUUACAUCCCUUUCCGCUCUGUCUUCACAUUAAACUAUGGCUCGCGGUCCGAAAAAGCAUUUGAAGCGUUUAAAUGCGCCCAAGAGUUGGAUGCUGGACAAGUUGUCGGGUGUGUUCGCACCCCGACCGUCCACUGGUCCCCACAAACUUCGGGAAUCGUUGCCGUUGGUCGUUAUGUUGAGGAAUCGGCUCAAGUAUGCCUUGACUCGUACUGAAGUGACCAAAAUAGUGAUGCAGAGGACCAUCAAAGUUGAUGGCAAAGUGAGGACUGACAUCAACUAUCCGGCCGGUUAUAUGGAUGUCGUGACCAUUGAGAAGACCGGCGAUUUCUUCCGAUUGUUGUAUGACAUUAAGGGACGUUUUAUUCUUCACAAAAUUACUGGUGAAGAAGCUAAGUAUAAGUUGUGUCGCGUAAAGAAGGUGUCGACCGGACCGAAAGGAAUUCCGUUUAUUGUUACCCACGACGGCCGCACCAUUCGAUAUCCCGAUCCGUUGAUCAAAGUGCACGACUCGAUCCGCUAUGACAUUGCCACCGGCAAGAUAUUAGACUUCAUUAAGUUUGAAACGGGCAAUCUUUGUAUGGUGACGGGUGGUCACAAUUUAGGUCGAGUCGGUAUUGUUACUUCUCGGGAAAGACAUCCCGGAAGUUUUGAUAUCGUUCACGUGAAGGAUUCGCAGGGACACACAUUUGCCACACGAUUGUCGUACAUCUUUGUGAUCGGUAAGGGAACCAAAGCGUUCAUUUCGCUACCGAAGGGCAGAGGUGUCCGUUUGACUGUCGCUGAAGAACGUGACAAACGAUUGGCCACCAAAGCAUCGCAUUAAUAAGUUUAGAGAUAAUAAUGUAUUAAUAACCGAAAAAAAAGUUGAAAAUAAAUUUGAUUUUUUGUCACGA